CACAUCCCCCUCUCUGUUACCCAUAAUCUCUAUAAAGAUCAGAGGAGAGAGAAAGUGAGUGUUUUUCUGCCUCUUGUUCUUCUUCUUAAAAGCUUUCCGCGAGUGCAAAAAAUGUCGCUGCUUUCGGAUCUCGUGAACCUCAAUCUCUCAGACACCACCGAGAAGAUCAUCGCCGAGUACAUAUGGAUCGGCGGAUCUGGUUUGGACGUAAGAAGCAAAGCAAGGACUCUUCCUGGACCAGUUAGUGAUCCUUCAAAGCUUCCCAAGUGGAACUAUGAUGGUUCCAGCACAGGGCAAGCGCCUGGAGAAGACAGUGAAGUGAUUUUAUACCCUCAAGCAAUUUUCAAGGAUCCAUUUAGGGGAGGUAACAAUAUACUGGUCAUAUGUGAUGCCUACACUCCAGCAGGAGAACCUAUUCCAACAAACAAGAGACAUGCUGCUGCAAAGAUAUUUAGCCACCCUGAUGUUGCUGCUGAAGAGCCCUGGUAUGGUAUUGAGCAGGAGUACACCUUGCUGCAGAAAGAUGUCAAGUGGCCCCUUGGGUGGCCCGUUGGUGGUUACCCUGGCCCUCAGGGACCAUACUACUGUGGUGUUGGUGCUGACAAGGCCUUUGGGCGUGACAUUGUUGACGCUCACUACAAGGCUUGCUUAUAUGCUGGCGUCAACAUUAGUGGCAUUAAUGGAGAAGUGAUGCCAGGACAGUGGGAAUUCCAAGUUGGUCCUUCAGUUGGUAUCUCUGCUGGAGAUGAAUUGUGGGUUGCUCGGUACAUUCUUGAGAGGAUAACAGAGAUUGCUGGAGUGGCCGUCUCUUUUGAUCCAAAGCCAAUCCAGGGUGAUUGGAAUGGAGCUGGUGCUCACACAAAUUACAGUACCAAGUCCAUGAGAAAUGAUGGAGGAUAUGAUGUCAUCAAGAAAGCCAUUGAGAAGCUGGGGUUGAGGCACAAAGAACACAUUGCUGCAUAUGGAGAAGGCAAUGAGCGUCGUCUAACUGGGCGACAUGAAACUGCUGACAUCAACACCUUCUUAUGGGGUGUUGCAAACCGUGGUGCAUCUAUUCGAGUUGGCCGAGACACAGAGAAAGCAGGCAAAGGCUACUUUGAAGACAGGAGACCUGCUUCAAACAUGGACCCGUAUGUCGUUACUUCCAUGAUUGUGGAGACCACCAUCCUGUGGAAGCCAUAAAUUGCCCUGGUGGUUCCAUUCACCUUUGCUACAUGUCUUUCGAAUGUUUGGGAAGGAAAAAUUCGUAGGAUCCAUUAUUCAGUUGAAUUUAUGCUUAAAAGCGCACUAGAUUAGCUUCCGUAUUUUUCCUGACAUUUUCAUUGUGCCUCUUCCCAAGUAGCGAGGUGACUUUAUUGUUUCCUUGUCACAUGAUUCUGUCAUUUGUGUUGAAUAAUGGCCUAAUAAAACGUUAUGAAAUGGCUGGCUUCUGCUUUUGGGGAAUGAUGAAGUAUGAGUUUAGUUCAUCAUCUACUAUAUUUGCUUGAAUGAAAUGUGGUCAAAUCUUUGUUUCUUUAGAAAUGAAUUGAUGGUCUAUAUUUUGAGGGCAUGUUUACACAUUCGAAUGCAAGGAUAACAGGAGUGUUUUCUCAUUCCUUCCAUUCCUGUGUUCACAGUUUAUUUACUAAAGUAGAAAUGCAGUUGUAAUUUCUAAUGUUCAAGUUGACACUUGAAUCAGAUGUUUGAUUUCCUUA